AGAAUGUUGAAUCUAAUAAAAGACGACCAUGAAAAUGAGCAUCAUUAAAUACUUAUUAUUAAACAUUGCCUAAACAUAUUAGAGAGAACCCAAAUGUUUAUAGAGGUUUAGAAUUUAGAGUCAUUUAGAAUAAUAAAAAUUGUACGAUUGAAAUUCCUAAAUUUAAAAGAAGUUGUAUAAUGGAUAGAUUAAUUUAAAACAUUAACAUUAUUUAAAAAAGGAGGUCAAAAUAUAUAGACAACAAAAUAAUACCUAAAGGAAACAAACCAUGGCAUCCUUAUAUUUGAACAAAAAGAAAAAAGCAUAUUUAAUACUUACUUGAAUAUAAAUAGAGUCUAGAUUCAUAACCCAUUUAGGGAAUGACUUGUUUUUAGGCAAUAGGGGAUUUAAGUUGAUGGCAAACUUAAGAAGAUCCUUAAAAUGACCGUAUUUAGUAUAACA